UAGCGUUGGUUUAUACACAACGUUUCUCAAUAUAUCGACACUCAUGCAGGCGUCCGCGGACUUCGUGUGUCAUUGAUUGGACUGAAGCGUCAUCAUGCCUGUGAACGCCGCUGUGAUUAGAGGAGUUCAGAAGCUGGUGCUUUAUGAGACCAGAGCCAGGUAUUUUCUGGUGGGCAGUAAUAACGCUCAAACGAAACAUCGUGUCCUGAAGAUCGACCGCACUGAACCGCGAGAUCUGGUCGUUAUUGAUGAUAAGCAUGUUUACAGUCAGCAGGAGGUGCGAGAGCUUCUGGGCCGUCUGGAUCUCGGCAAUCGCACUAAGAUCGGGCAGAAGGGAUCCUCCGGUCUUUCCAGAGCCGUUUCUGCCUACGGCAUUGUGGGUUUCGUGCAGUUUCUGGAGGGUUACUAUAUCGUGUUGAUCACUAAACGCCGCAGGAUGGCGGAUAUCGGCGGCCACUCGAUUUAUAAGAUUGAAGACACGAAUAUGAUCUACAUUCCCAAUGACUCUGUGAGAGUCACACACCCUGAUGAGGCCCGUUACAGCUACGACCUGAGCCACUCGCUGCAGUGUAACAUGACGCUGCUGCAGAUGCCGUGUGACGCCGGAGAGAGCGAGGAGCUCAACACCAGCGGCAGACAGGACAGCUUUGACAUCUUCGAGGAGGAGGGACUCCCCACUCCAGUUGUCCACGGUUUGAUUAAUGAACCCUACGCUAAGUAUGUGUGGAAUGCCCGUCUGCUGGAGAAAGUCAAGGACAUCGUCCAUCCUGAUUGGCUGCUCUACAUCAUUCACGGCUUCUGCGGCCAAUCCAAGUUGUUGAUCUACGGUCGGCCGGUGCACGUCACGCUCAUCGCCCGUCGCUCCAGCCGCUUCGCCGGCACGCGGUUCCUCAAGCGAGGAGCGAACUGUGAGGGCGAUGUGGCGAACGAGGUGGAGACGGAGCAGAUCAUCCACGACGCCUCGGUCAUGUCGUUGACGGCGGGCAGUUUCUCCUCCUGUGUUCAGGUCCGAGGCUCGGUUCCUCUGUACUGGUCCCAGGACAUCUCCACCAUGAUGCCCAAACCACCCAUACGCUUGGACCAGGCCGACCCAUACGCUCACGUCGCUGCUCUUCACUUCGAUCAGAUGCUGCAGAGGUUUGGAUCGCCCAUCAUCAUCCUCAACCUCGUCAAGAAACGAGAGAAGAGAAAGCAUGAGAAGAUCCUGAGUGAGGAGUUUUAUCCCGCCAUCACCAACCUGAACCAGUUCCUCCCGCCGGAGCACGGCAUCGAGUACAUCGCCUGGGACAUGGCGCGAUACACAAAGAGUAAACUGUGCAACGUGUUGGAUCGUCUCAGCAUGAUCGCUGAGAAUGUGGUCAAGAGGACGGGAUUCUUCGUUAAUCGACCUGACUUUUAUUGCCACACGUUACGUCCUGAUGAAAGGUGGGGAGAUCUCGGAGGGAAGGUCACACCGAAUGGCAGGCUACAGACGGGGGUUUUGAGGACGAACUGCGUGGACUGUCUGGAUCGAACCAACACCGCUCAGUUCAUGGUGGGUAAAUGUGCUCUGGCGUAUCAGCUCUAUGCUCUCGGGAUGAUCGACAAACCCAAGCUUCAGUUCGACACGGACUGCAUCAGGUUGUUUGAGGAGCUGUACGAGGAUCACGGCGACACGCUGUCUUUACAGUACGGAGGAUCUCAGCUGGUGCAUCGGGUGAAGACGUACCGUAAGAUCGCGCCCUGGACGCAGCACUCCAAAGACAUCAUGCAGACGCUCUCGCGUUACUAUAGCAACGCCUUCUCAGGUAAACACCUGGAUGCUGCUUUCAUGCUGGUUACGGCAUGUUACACACACUGGUGGACUGACGGAGUGCUGACGUUCCUGCCGUCACCGUAUGAUGAAGCCCAGUGUGAGAAGAACAGGAGGAAGGUGACGGUGAAGCGCGUGAACCGCUUUGACGAAAGCAUCGACAUCUACACCGAGAUCUUCAAGCCGUACGAACUCACCUCGUUCGACGACACGUUCAGCAUCGCCAUGACCAACUCCGCGAGGGAGUUCAUGCCGAAGACGGUGGGCCUCGAUCCCAGUCCGUUCACCGUCCGCAAACCAGACGAGAGCGCAAAGUCAGUGCUGGGGUGA